AUGGGCACGAUCAUAGACUCGCCAUUCCCCUACCCCCUCUUCCCCCCCUCCCCCCUCUUAUCCCCCCCUCCCCCCCUCCUCCCCCCUCCCAUCCCCCCCUCUCCCCCCCUCCUCCCCCCUCCUAACACCCCCCACUCCCCGCCCCCAGUUCCUCUCUCUUCCCCUCCUUACAGCAGCAACAGGGAGGUCGCGGCGCCAGGGAGGUCGCUAAGCACGCUCCUCAAUUGCGCCACCACCGCAUCCGCCCAACUCCUCUUCCCCCUCCCCCCCUUCCCCCCCCUUACAGCGGCGACAGGCAGGUCGCUCAGCACGCUCCUUAAUUGCGCCACCACCGCAUCCGCGCCAACGGCGUGCGCGGACUGCACGCCACGUGUGUUCUGCGCCGUUACUGCCGUGAUCGCCGUCGCGCACCACGCGCCGUGCGCCGCGCUCGAUUUGAUAUCCGCCUGGACCCCCGCCCCGCCGCCCGAAUCCGAUCCUGCUAUCGUCAACACCACGGGGACUGGCGCGGACGCGGAGCCCGGGGCGGGGCCGGCGGCGGGCGUGUCGGGAGCGGCGCAGCGCGCGCGCGUGGGGCGGGGGUACCUGCGGAACGCCGCGCGAGUGUUGACUGCUCUGGAAGUCUCAGGAACUGCGGAAAGGAACCGGUGA